UCUACCCCCAGUAACUUCAGAAGUUCUCUGGCAGAUGCUUUAGGAGCAAAGCAGACAGCUAGUGGCCAGAAUCCGAUUUCAAUUUGUCAUUUUUCCCUUUGGUGCCAGUUUCACUACCAAUGUUCUUUUGACAGCCAGCUUUUGAGAACUGAUAUCUGAAAAUUUGCACAUAGAUGGGUGAUCCUCAACUCUUCAGAGAAUCAAAUUCUUCCUUCCACCUCAGAAAAGCAUUUCUGUUGGAAACAUCUCUGUGAGCCUUGCUUGAGACUCUCUUGUUUUUCACUUCCAAGCAUGGGUGUGAAGAACUUUGAAGCUUGGGACUAUGUUGUGUUUGCAGGCCUCUUCGUCAUUUCCUCUGGAAUUGGUGUGUUCUUUGCCAUAAAGGAGAGAAAAAAGACAACAUCUGGGGAAUUCUUAGUAGGAGGAAGGCAAAUGAGCUUUGGCCCUGUAGCUUUGUCUCUGACAGCCAGCUUCAUGUCAGCUGUCACUGUCCUGGGGACUCCUGCUGAAGUCUACCGCUUUGGGGCAUCCUUCUUCAUUUUCCUCAUCUCAUAUGCAUUUGUGGUCCUUUUCACAUCUGAGCUCUUUCUUCCUGUGUUCUACAGAUCUGGCAUCACAAGCACUUAUGAGUACUUACAGCUACGAUUCAACAAACCAGUUCGCUAUGCAGCAACCGUUAUCUACAUUGUGCAGACGAUUCUCUACACAGGAGUCGUGGUAUACGCCCCUGCUCUGGCUCUCAACCAAGUGACCGGUUUUAAUCUAUGGGCCUCUGUGUUUGCAACAGGAAUCGUUUGCACAUUCUACUGUAGCUUGGGAGGUUUGAAAGCAGUGGUGUGGACAGAUGCAUUUCAGAUGGUUGUCAUGAUUGUGGGCUUUUUAACAGUCCUCAUUCAAGGAUCAAAUCAUGUUGGUGGCUUCAACAAUGUAUUAGAACAUGCACGAAAUGGAUCCCGGCUACACAUUAUUGACUUUGAUGUAGAUCCUCUCAGACGGCACACCUUUUGGACAAUUGCAGUAGGAGGAACUUUUACUUGGCUUGGAAUCUAUGGAGUGAACCAAUCAACCAUCCAGAGAUGCAUCUCUUGCAAAACAGAAAAGCAUGCUAAGCUUGCUUUGUACUUCAACUUGUUGGGUCUCUGGAUAAUUGCAAUAUGUGCCAUCUUCUGUGGCUUGAUCAUGUACUCCUACUACAGGGAUUGUGAUCCCUGGACUUCUAAUGCUAUUUCAGCACCAGACCAGCUGAUGCCAUAUUUUGUCAUGGAGAUUUUUGCAACUAUGCCAGGUCUGCCAGGACUUUUUAUGGCUUGUGCCUUUAGUGGGACUCUAAGCACAGUGGCUGCCAGCAUCAAUGCCUUAGCAACAGUGACCUUUGAAGAUUUUGUCAAGACCUGUUUUCCACAUCUCUCCGACUCUCUGAGUACCUGGAUCAGUAAAGGCUUAUGUCUCCUUUUCGGUAUUAUGUGUACCACCAUGGCUGUGGUUGCAUCCUUCAUGGGGAGUGUUGUACAGGCUGCCCUUAGCAUCCUUGGCAUGUGUGGGGGACCAAUGCUAGGUUUGUUCACUUUGGGACUCGUGUUUCCUUUUGUAAACUGGAAGGGUGCUCUAGGAGGUCUCCUUACUGGGAUCACAUUGUCAUUCUGGGUGGCCAUCGGAGCUUUCAUUUACCCAGCACCAGACUCUAAGACAUUACCUUUACCUCUAUCAACAGAGCAUUGUGUCGAACUAAAUAAAACAACCACAGUAGCCUUACAGCUUUCCAGCAGACCUGUCCUAGCUGACACUUGGUACUCACUCUCCUACCUUUACUACAGUGCUGUGGGCUGCCUGGGAUGUAUAGGUGCUGGAAUAAUUAUCAGCUUCCUGACAGGCAAGCAAAGUGGCAAAGAUAUUGACCCACUUUUAAUAAGGCCAGUUUGCAAUUUAUUUUGCUUUUGGUCCAAGAAAUACAAAACUCUGUGCUGGUGUGGAGUUCAGCAUGACCGGGACACAGAGCAGGAUUACUUUGACAGUGGCAGUGCCUGGAAACAAGGGGUUGAAUCUGGCCUACAGAAUGGACUCAAGCAAGACACCCUGGCUCAGAUCCCAGGCUACCAUGCCAAAGACAAAAGCUACAGCAACAGUGGGCAGGAGAAGACCACUUAUUUCUAGGACAAUACAUGCAACUGAUAAUAUGCUUACACACAUGCAUGCAUGUACUUCAUGUCAUUUCUUGCUGUAGCCUUGUGUACAGAUUCUUGUCAGAAAAGAAGGAUGUCCAAUACCUAUUUAUACUUAUUUAUAGAAAUAUGUGACUCAGGAUGCUCUUUGGCAAGACCCAAAAUCAGAUGAGAAAAAUCAGCUGAAACCAGAAGUGCUUAGUGCCACAAGACUGAACAGGACUGAGUUUGAUUAUGAUGAAAGGAGUUAAAGUUUCUUUGAUUCUUGUCAGAUUAAAACCCUAGGUUUAUUGUUUGCUUGCAGGCUUUUGUUUUGUUUUGGUGCUGAGAAUUAAGCACAGGUCCUUGUUCUUACAAAAUUUCUGCCUGACCACUUACCCUAGUCUACAUUUUGACAUUUUAAUCAUCAAAAUAUCUUGGAUGAGAUAGAGAACAAACAUAAAGGGGAAUGUGCACAUUUAAUGCUGCUCUGACAAGGCUGAUAAAAUACGAAUGACAUCAUAUCCAACUCAUGUCUCACAUGUAUGUAGAUAUGUAGUCAUAACCAUGCCUACCUUGUGGCCACAGCUAGAACACUUUACUUAGUAUCCUCACACCGCCUCUGUUAUGCAAUCCAUUAGUCAUUUCUGCUGUUGGAGCUAUUAUGACCAAACUUUAAGGGUAAUUGUACUAAGUACAAGGGGAGAAAAAUUAGUCUUCACUGCAGGAGCAAUCACAUAUAAAUAGACUAUUCACUUUGUGUUGUUGAAGCAGUGUUUCUUUUUCAUUUCUUUCAUUUAAAAUUGAUAAAUUUGGAGCUAGAAAGAUGGCUUAGCAGUUAAAAGAACUUGUUGCUCUUCCCGAGAACCUGUGUUCAUUUCCCAGCACCUAAGUUGAGUAGCUUACAGCUGCCAAUAAUUGUAGCUCUCAAGGGAAUCUGAUAUCUUUUAUGACUUCCAUUGGCAUUCAUAUUCAUGUGCAUAUACCCACACAUGGACACAUACACCUACACAUAAUAAAUAAUUAAAACAGUUUAAGUGGAAAAAACUCUAUGCUUAUCCAGAAGUCUAAUCUACAGAACUGAAUGAAGGGAAAAUCAUGCUUUCUUGAAAGCUGUGAGGUUGGACAGUGCAUUUUCAAUGAACCCUGUACAGAACAUACUAUCUACAGCAAAGCUCAUUACCCACAGUGUCUUAUAAAUUAUCCAAAGAACUCAUCCAGGUCACAUGUGCAAUCUUAAGUCACUCCAUCAGAUGCAAGCACUAUAUUAGUUUCAGUCUGGAGAAUAACUUCAAAGUUCUAGAGUGGACCUCAUCCAAACUGAACAAAUAUGCCUUUAUGUAGAAGCAGAAGGGAAUAUGAAAAAA